CGGUUUUCAAUCGCGUGGCAUUCGUAGCAUAGGAUCUACAUCUACGUGUGAUAGGAUCUACAUCGGUGAGACAGGCAGGAAACGAAUAACACGUUUGAAAGAGCAUAAAAGUGAUGUGGCCAAUGCUACGAAUGCCACGCGAUUGAAAACCGAGUUGGUUGAUCACUGUUGGGCCACUGAACAUGUAUUUGAUUUUGAUAACGCGGAAACCUUGGCACGGGAGAUAAGAUGGGGCCCGCGAAAGUUGUUGGAAUCGUGGUUUAUCAGACAUGCGGAGUCAGCGUGCAACAAAAACCGUGGCCCUCUGCCGGAUGUGUACGCCGCCCUCUUUGAUAAGUUCGACAUGUUAAGGCCAGUACAACUUCUGCCUGUUCUUGUGACUCUUGAGCUGUUUCAUGGCCUCUCAUGCGGUGCAGUGAAGCCAGAUGGGACCACGACUGCGAGACGCCAACGUCGUGUAGUGGACGGCAUCCUGGCUCGCGAUGCUCCUUGGAUGUGCCAGCUAGGCCUACCAGGCCAUCGUGGUCCGGCGUUCAUCUGUGGCUGUAGCCUCAUCACAUCUCGAUGGGCCGUUACAGCAGCGCACUGUAUUCCUCGCAACGCAUCGGUUAUGCCUCAGGUUGCCAUUGGCGGUCAUCGACAUCGUGGUGCUGCAUCCAGUCCCGCCGGAGUCCCCAUUGUCCUCGCAGUGCGACACCCAAACUUCACUAGCCACAACAUUCCAUUCGAAAACCGUCACGAUCUUGCACUUCUCCUCCUGUCACGUGAUGCACCCCAGGGGCCUCGACUGUCCUUGCCAGGGCAAGCGCUGUCCUUUCAAGAAGGUGUCGUUUUUGGCUGGGGCCACGUCAACCCUCGCGGUCAACCGCGACCAGCAUUGCGGCUUCGGGAAGCCAGUAUUCCUAUUGUAUCGCGUGACCGUUGUGAGAUGUCGCUUAGACGUCCGCUGGGGGAAGGAGUCUUCUGCGCCGGAUUCGAAGAAGGCUACAGGUCGGACACAUGCGCGGGAGACAGCGGAGGACCUUUUGUGGUGUUUCUGCGAGGCGAGGAAGUCCUAGUCGGUGUGGUUAGUUGGGGGGAAGGGUGUGCCAGACCGGGAAAGUUUGGUGUGUACACGAAAGUUGAGAAGUACGUGCGCUGGAUUACGGAAGUGCUACAAACAACGGAAGUGCUACAAACAACGAAAGUAGGGAGUUAGUUUGCAAUAAUUCUGUGCUGCGCCAAUCGUGUUUAAUGUUUUGUGUUACGUGUUGCAAAAUAAAUAAAGAAAUAACAUUUGUGUCCAUCAC